GCCAUUUGUGAAUAUUUACAAACCGCCGCACAGUAAACACACAGUUAUUUAUAACUCACAACAUGGAAGAAGAUACACCAAGAUCGUUGAUACGGUCUGUCCUGUCAACAAGAGAUGUUAGUCAAAGUGUCAUGAGGCCGCGUAAGCAGUCUGGCAAGGGCAGUAUGUCUGAGACUGACAAUAGGAGGAAAUCUCGAGGAGAAAAACGGAAGUCCAUGACGUCCAACGACGAGGAAGAAACACCAAGAACUUUGAUAAAUAAGUUCCUGCAAGGUCACCAAACAGUUGUUCAGUCUACAAGGAAAAGGUCAAGGGUCACUUCAGAGAGGACACCAGAAACUUGGGCACAACAGAAGGCUUCUACUAGCAAUGCAAGACGACGUGUCUCCUCUGUACCAGAUUUACGCAGAAGGUCAAUUACAAAUCGGAUGCGCCAAACACCAGGAAAGGACUCAACACCAAGAACAACUAUUCGUGACUUUCUUGAAAAUGCAUCAGAAGAAACACCAUUCCAUCCUCCAGCAAGGCGGCAGUCACCAAGAAAAACUCCACAAAGUUUGCAGAAACAGAUUCAAAGAUCAGCCAUUAAAAACAGAUCCAGGCUUAGUGAGAGUGAUCAUGGUCAGUCAGAUGUGGUUCCUUCUUUGAGGCACACUCCAAAUAUUUCCCGAAAAAAGAAACGCCAGAUUUCCCUGGAUGCUUUUGCUGCAGGAGUACAGACACUAUCACAAAGAGAAAACAGUGAUGAAGAAAUCUCUGAUUCAGCUUUAGGAAGUAUUCAGGAAGAGGAAGAAGAGGAAGAGCAUGAAGCAAUGUACAGAGAUCGGCUCAUGGACAAUAAUAAAAAUGAUAAUGAUGCUGAUGACAUUGAUAAAUUUAAAUCUAACCAAAGGAAACGCACUCCAAAAUCUAAACUAUCCAGGAGUCUGGGUGGCAGGGACAGAAUUCAUGAUUUAGGUGAAAAGAUUGUUGAGGAGGAGGAUGGAAAUGAGGAUCAAGAAGAAAAUGAGGAAGAUGUUGAUGAGGAGCAAGAGAUAGAUGAAAACGAGGUUGAUGAACAAAUUGAGGUAGCAAGUGUUGAUGGGGAGCAAGAGGAUGGAAGCAAAGAUGAUAAACAAAUUGAGGAAGCAGAUGUUGAGGAGCAAGAGGAGGAUGAAAAUGAGGAUGGUGGACAAAAUGAAGAAGAAGGUGUUGAAGAGAGAGAAGCUGAAGAGGAUGGAGUAUUAACUGAUGAUGAUGAAGAUGAAAAUGAGGGAGAUGCAAGUAAAAGAUCAAGACAGGAAAAUGAACAAGAUGAUUAUGAUGAAGAAGAACAAGAUGAAGAGAGUGAAAAUGAGGAGCAAGAAACAUCAUAUAGGUCACGGCAUGCCUCUAACAAAACACUGGGUCCAGAGUACACUCCACUUCACAUCCCAGCCAACAUCCCCCAAAGACCAAGGUCCAUGUCCACUCCCAAAGCCAAGGUCAUGCCCAGUAGCAGGAAAGACGUACGUCCAGCACUAACCAGUGUUAGUCUGGGUGCAGCUGAUAGGAUGGGAAUAGGUAAACCCAACCAGGCAGAAAAAGAAAGAAAAAAGCCAACAAGAAGAACUCCAGCAGAGGGAGGGAAACCAGUUCGUCUCCCCACAGCUCUUACCAAGGGCAUAUUCAGCCAUUUUGCCAAGGGUCGAAUAACAAAAGAUGUUAUUAGGGAAGUGGAGAAAGUUUCAGACCAGUUUUGGGCAAAUCUCUCUGACGAUUUGGCAGCCUAUUCACAGCACGCCAAGAGACAAACCAUAGAAGAGUCAGAUGUUGAACUGCUCAUGAGAAGGCAAGGUUUUGUAACAGACUCCCAGUCCAUGUAUACUCUAGUGGAAAAGUAUCUACCACUGGAAUACAGGCAGGAGAUAAUUCCCAUAGCAAGAUACAACAAUAUAGUGGUGCCAAGGCAGUGACAAUGAUCUAUAGAAUUUUAAAUUACUAAAUAUAAUAUUAUGACAAAAGUUGAUUCAAAAGUUUGUAGUGGAAAAUAUGUUUAAUUUACAUA